AUGUCGGCGGAUGAGCAGCGUCUCUUCCGACUGUACGGGAAGCUACCAAACAAGAAGGAUUUGUUGCAGAACAAGUUGAAGGAACGCAAGUAUUUCGACUCCGGCGACUACGCGCUCUCGAAAGCCGGCAAGGCCUCUGACACAGGUGUCACCACGAUCGGUACCGAGCAUCCUAAAGCCGAAGAGAUUCCACACACAAGCCCUUUGAUGCACACCAUUUCGCGCAAUGACUCGGUCUCUGGCGCCUCGGGCUCCGCGGCCUUCGCAACCAGUCCAGAUGGCCAACAUAUGCUGCCGGGCGUAGGACUGCAUCGUGGCAGCAUCAAUGGGAUCCCUGGAGGUGGGCUGUCUGGCUCGACCAGCCACAGUCCCGUCAAAGAAAGCAGCUAUUUGGCCAGGAGCUCUAGCAUCGAAGAGGAUGACGGAGGCAAUGUCCAGGACCCUGAAAAUACCCCAACAAGUGCCCUAGAAGGGGGUGUUAGUCCCCCAGCUAGGAAGGAGGGCAUCCCCAUCCGAAGAUGA